AUGGCUCAAGCGGCCAAGCAGCUCAAGCAGAGGAAGGACCUAGCCGAGGCCGCCGCCAAGGAGGAGCGCGAGAAGGAGGAGGAGAAGCUCAAGAAGAGGAACAAAUCCCGGGACCGCCGGCGCAAGGCGCAUGUGGUCCAGCGCUGGCUUUUCGAGCAGGACAGUAGUGUGAGGGCUGAGCGAGGCUCAGUGGAUGCCCGUGGGAUAUGGCACUUUGAUGAACGAGCCGAUGCGGCGACUAGCUUCCUCCGUGCAGCUCGAUCAGGCAACCUGGACAAGGCGCUGGACCACAUAAAGAAUGGGAUAGAUAUCAACUUAUCCAAUCAGAAUGGACUCAAUGGUUUACAUUUGGCUUCUAAAGAAGGUCACGUCAAGAUGGUGCUGGAGUUGUUACACAAUGGCAUUGACCUGGAGACCACAACAAAGAAAGGGAACACAGCUCUGCACAUCGCCGCACUGGCAGGCCAGGAGAAGGUGGUGGCCGAGCUCACACGCUUUGGAGCCAACGUCAACGCCCAAUCACAGAAAGGCUUCAGUCCACUGUACAUGGCAGCCCAGGAGAAUCAUCUAGAAGUGGUCAAGUUCCUGCUGGAGAAUGGGGCCAACCAGAGCCUGCCGACAGAGGAUGGUUUCACGCCUCUGGCGGUGGCUCUACAGCAAGGCCAUGAGAACGUGGUGGCCCUGCUCAUCAACCACGGGACCAAGGGGAAGGUGCGGCUGCCGGCGCUGCACAUUGCCGCGCGCAACGAUGACACGCGCACUGCUGCAGUGCUGCUGCAGAAUGACCCCAACCCAGAUGUCCUCAGCAAAACUGGUUUUACGCCGCUGCAUAUUGCGGCUCACUACGAGAACUUGAGCGUGGCUCAGCUCCUGCUGAAUCGAGGAGCUAAUGUCAACUUCACCCCCAAGAAUGGCAUCACGCCAUUGCACAUAGCGGCCAGGAGAGGGAACGUCAUCAUGGUACGCCUACUGCUGGACAGAGGGGCUCAGAUCGAUGCCAAGACAAAGGAUGAGCUCACCCCGCUGCACUGUGCUGCCAGGAACGGCCACGUGCGGGUCAUCGAGAUCCUGCUGGACCAGGGAGCCCCAAUCCAGGCCAAGACCAAGAACGGGCUGUCUCCCAUCCACAUGGCCGCGCAGGGCGAUCACAUGGACUGUGUCCGGCAGCUGCUGCAGUACAACGCUGACAUCGUUGACAUCACGUUGGACCACCUGACGCCGCUGCACGUAGCUGCGCACUGCGGCCACCACCGCAUGGCAAAGGUGCUACUGGACAAGGGAGCAAAGGCCAACGCACGAGCACUGAAUGGCUUCACUCCGCUCCACAUUGCCUGCAAGAAGAACCAUGUGCGCUCCAUGGACUUGCUGCUCAAGCACUCGGCCUCUCUGGAGGCUGUCACUGAGUCCGGUCUGACACCUCUGCAUGUGGCCGCCUUCAUGGGGCACCUCAACAUUGUCAAGCACUUGUUGGCUAGAGGAGCGUCUCCCAAUGCAUCUAAUGUGAAAGUGGAGACGCCCCUCCACAUGGCCUCGAGGGCAGGACAUUGUGAGGUGGCCCAGUUCCUACUGCAAAACGCAGCACAGGUGGAUGCCAAAGCUAAGGAUGACCAGACCCCACUGCAUUGUGCUGCCCGCAUGGGCCACAAGGACCUGGUCAAGUUGCUGCUGGAGCACGAGGCCAACCCGGACUCGGCCACCACGGCGGGCCACACGCCGCUCCACAUCGCUGCCCGAGAGGGACACGCGCACACCACGCGCAUGCUCCUCGACGGCAACGCACAGCAGACCAAGAUGACCAAGAAAGGCUUCACGCCGCUACAUGUGGCCUGUAAGUACGGUAAAGUGGAUGUAGCAGAGUUACUGUUGGAGCGAGGAGCAAACCCCAAUGCGGCUGGAAAGCAAAAUGGCUUGACUCCUCUGCACGUGGCCGUCCAUCACAACAACCUGGACGUAGUCAAGCUGCUGGUCAGCCAAGGGGGCUCUCCACACAGCCCUGCAAGGAACGGCUACACACCGCUGCACAUAGCGGCCAAGCAGAACCAGCUGGAGGUGGCCGGCUGCCUGCUGCAGCACGGGGCCAAUGCCAACGCAGAGUCCCUGCAGGGAGUCACGCCCCUGCACCUGGCGUCGCAGGAGGGCAGCCCCGACAUGGUGGCGCUGCUCGUCUCCAAGCAGGCCAACGUCAACCUGGGCAACAAGAAUGGGCUGACCCCUCUGCAUCUGGUAGCCCAGGAGGGACACGUGGGCAUCGCUGACAUGCUGGUCAAGCAGGGAGCCUCCGUAUACGCUGCCUCACGGAUGGGCUACACUCCGCUGCACGUGGCCUGCCACUAUGGCAACAUCAAGAUGGUGAAGUUCCUACUGCAGCAGCAAGCUCAAGUCAACAGCAAGACCAGAGUGGGCUACACUCCUCUGCACCAGGCAGCACAGCAGGGCCACACAGAUAUUGUCACACUUCUGCUGAAGCACGGAGCUCUGCCCAAUGAAAUCACCUCAAAUGGGACGUCUCCCCUGGGCAUUGCCAAGCGCCUGGGCUACAUCUCUGUCAUCGACGUGCUCAAACUGGUGACGGAGGAGUCGGUGUCCAUGAUAACAACAGAGAAGCAUCGCAUGAGCUUCCCAGAGACGGUGGACGAGAUCCUGGAUGUGUCAGAAGAUGAGGGCGUGGCGCAGCUAACAUUAGGUGAUGAGCUAUUAGGUAUGGAUGGAGCCAGGUGUCUCAAACUAGACGACCUGAAGGAUCAAGAUGACGACUUCCUGUCCCCCAAGAAGACCCUCCGAGACUUCGAGAGUGGCCUGGGCACCACGCCAUAUUCUCCAGCAAUUCCCAGAAUUCCCUGUGUGUCUCCAGAAACGGUCAUGCUAGAUCAGCACACUCCUAUCCCAUUGCCUAAAGAGUACGAUGAGGAUUCUCUGAUCCCAAGCAGUCCAGCGACCGAAACCUCUGAUAACGUCAGUCCGGUUGCCAGCCCUAUACACACUGGGUUCUUGGUGAGCUUCAUGGUGGAUGCGCGGGGCGGGUCCAUGCGGGGCAGUCGGCAUAAUGGCCUGCGCGUCAUCAUCCCGCCACGCACGUGCGCCGCCCCUACCCGCAUCACUUGUCGCUUGGUGAAGCCGCAAAAGCUUACCACCCCACCCCCCCUGGUGGAGGGAGAGGGACUUGCAAGCAGGAUCAUCUCGCUCGGGCCCUCCAGCAUGCAGUUCUUAGGGCCCGUAAUAGUGGAGAUUCCUCACUUUGCGUCUCUGGCGCGCGGUGAUCGAGAGCUGGUCGUGUUGCGCAGUGAGAACGGCUCUGUUUGGAAAGAACACCGCAAUCGCUACGGAGACGAGGUCCUGGAGACCAUCCUCAAUGGCAUGGAUGAGGACCUGGAGAGCCAAGAGGAGCUGGAGAAGAAGCGUAUUCGCCGCAUCAUCUCCACCGACUUCCCGCUCUACUUUGCUGUCGUCUCCCGCAUCCAGCAGGAGAGCGACCUGAUUGGCCCAGAGGGAGGUCAGCUGACUAGCAAGCUGGUGCCUCAGGUGCAGGCCAUCUUCCCAGACACGGCCGUCACUAAGCGAGUCCGUCUGGGGCUGCAGGCCCAACCAAUCCCUGACGAGUUGGUGACCCGGCAGUUGGGCAACCAGGCGACCUUCAGUCCAGUGGUGACGGUGGAGCCGCGGAGACGCAAGUUCCACCGGCCCAUCGGCCUGAGGGUCCCUCUGCCCCCUUCCUGGCGUGAGAGUCCUCGUGACGCUGGGGAGGGGGACACCACUAGCCUCCGCCUUCUCUGCAGCGUGAUUGGUGGGACAGCCCCGGCCCAGUGGGAAGACAUCACAGGCACCACUAAGCUCAUGUACUCAAACAACUGCGCCAGCUUCACCACUAACGUGUCCGCAAGGUUCUGGCUGGCGGACUGCCCCCGCACAGCCGAGGCGGUGACCUUUGCCAACCUGCUGUACCGCGAGCUGAUGUCGGUGCCGUACAUGGCCAAGUUCGUGGUGUUCGCCAAGAUGAACGAGGCGCGCGAGGGCCGCCUGCGCUGCUACUGCAUGACGGACGACAAGAUGGACAAGACCCUCGAGCUGCACGAGAACUUCACCGAGGUCGCCCGCAGCAGAGAUAUUGAGGUAAUGGAGGGCAUGGCGCUGCAUCUGGAAUGUUCCGGUAACCUGGUGCCCAUCCGGAAGGCCACCCAGCAGCCCCGCAGCUUCAGCUUCCAGGCCUUCCGCGACAACCGGCUGCCCGUCUCUGUCAAGGUGCGAGACAGUAAUAAGGAGGCGACCGGCUUUCUCUCCUUCCUGCGGAAGUGCACCAAAUACGAGGACUCGCAACACGUCCUCUGCAACCUCAACAUCACCAUGCCGCCCGCCAUCAAGGUGGUGGGUAGCGAGGAGCGUCGGCGGACUUUGACUCCCCUUGCUCUGCGGGAGCGCUACAGUGCGCUGAACGAGCCAGGACCAGCCACUGUGAAUGCCAUGGAGAGGACGGAGCUGAAGAUCUCACUCAUAGCAGAGCAGCUUGGACUGAGUUGGGCAGAGCUUGCGCGAGAGCUGCAGUUCGGGGUGGAUGACAUUAACAGGAUUCGGGUGGAGAAUCCCAACUCCCUUUUGGACCAGAGCUCAGCACUGCUAAGCCUGUGGGCCUGCCGCGAGGGCAAGCGAGCCAAGAUGGAAAACCUCUAUGUUGCAUUGAAGAGCAUCGACCGGACAGACAUCGUGAAGUCCCUGGAGCUGCAGGCCCCGCUGGCGGUCCCCAAGAGCCUGGAGGAGGGAGCCAGCCGCCUGUCGGACUCUAGCCUGCUGUCCCCAAGCGUCAUCAACGGGUACGGCCUGCUGCAGGAGGAGCUGCUGUCCCCAGCCUCCCUGCAGUACAGCCUGCCCUCGCCGCUGGGCGUGGAGCCCUACUGGCGGGAGGUGACCAUGACGGGCGGGCUGGGCGCGCCCAUCGCCGCCACCGAGGAGGACGCCAUGCUGGAGAUGAUGUCGGACGUGCAGGUGCUGUGGCCGGCGGGCAUCAGCCCCUCGCUGGUGACGGUGGAGGACUCGUCGCUGGAGGGCGGCAGCAGCCGCGCGGACGACUCGGAGGCCAACACGCUCAGCCUGCCGUGCAGCAGCCUCGGCCGGCCCAGCUCCGGCGCCAGCGGGGCCUCGGGCUCCAUCAUGGAGCUGGAGGAGGAGGAGGAAGAGGAGGAUGACGACGGAGGUGGAGGUGGCUUCAUGGCGGGGGAGGACGGCGGCGGUGGAGCGGGGGCCGUGCCCAAGGUCAACUUCAACGGGCAGGUCGUGCUGGGUCAGAGGUCAGAGGGUAGGAGGGCGGAGGCGCUGGCGGGCAGUGGCAUGACGAUGGGGGGAGUGAGAGGAGUAGGAGGAGGAGUUGGAGUUGGAGGAGCAGGAGGAGUUGGAGCGCGAUUAGGGAUGCGUUCAGAGGAAAAGCUCUCUCUCGUUACAGGCCAGCAGAUGUACGCCCAGCUGUAUGACAAGACGGGACUGAGCCGGAUGAAUGAGCACAAUGGAGACAGGCUGAGCAGUGGUGCCUUUCAGCCUUACAUGAUGUCAACAUCACCCCGCGACCACAGCCAGUCGCGCGUGUCGCAGGAGGCCCUUCUGACGCCAGUGUGCGACACGGGCCACUCGGAGGUGCUACGAGGUCGACUGCUGGGCACGCAACCCUUUGAGAAGGGCCUGGGCUUCUCCCACCACCAGCAGGAGGAGAUGCACUCUUGGGAGCACGACCGGCGGAAGAGAGAAGAAGGCGUGGACUUCCCCGAUGAGCCCGAAUUCAUGGACGAACAUGAAACCGUGGUUGUAAAGGGUCGGACACCCACUGCCAAACCAUCAGCCACCACCAACACACCACCGGGAGAUAGGACGAAACAGGCGGAGAAGAAGAGACGAGGGGAUGGCAAGAGUCCCAAAUGACAAGACAAGAACGUACUCCACACAGACACACAGGCAGCCACAUCACCGCCAUUAUCGACCACUUCAUGAGAGAAGAGGGCAAAAUGUGGAGGACAUCUAACUGUAGUUUUGUAAACAUUUUUAAAAACAACCGAACAAUUACAACAGAACUUUAAAAAAAGGUCACCAC